AUGGAUGGUGUCUCUCUUCCUUUGAUUGUGGUAAGACAAUUGUGGAAACACAAUCUUUUAAAGGAGUUUGAUCUCAUCAAAAUUGCAGGGAUGACUCAUAGAAUGGUGGCUUUCGACACUGAAUUCCCAGGUGUUGUUUUCAGCCCAAUGAGCAUUGACGAGCGAGAGCUUGGAAAACUACCUUCUUCCUUGAACUACAACAUUAUCAGAGAUAAUGUGGGUGCUUCCAAAAAUUUUCAGUUGGGUUUGGCACUCUGUGACGACAAAGGAUCAUUGCCCAAUUUCAGUACCAAGUAUCAAUACGCUUGGGAGUUUAACUGCAGAGAUUUUGAUGUCUAUAAUGAUAUCCAGAACACGGAAUCAAUCGAGUUACUUGAAAGCCAGGGAAUCAAUUUCGACAAGAACUUGAAGGAGGGUAUUGAUUCUGCUGACUUUGCAGCAUUGAUGUUGAAAUCUGGGUUGUUGGGCAAUCACUCUGCUUUCGCUUGGGUUACCUUUCACGGUGCCUAUGACAUUGCCCACUUGAUGAAAAUCUUGAUCCGACAACCACUGCAGUAUAAUCUGAUGGGGUUUAUGAACCUGAGACUGGCUAACAGAUUGGGAGUGGAACGCGUGGCUGGGAAGAGUCACCAGGCUGGUUCGGAUACCUUGUUGACUCUACAAACUUUCAGGAAGUUCUUGGAUUUAUACUACAAAGAAAAGAACAAUGGUGGACUCAGACAUAAUGGCCAUUUGUUAACAGGGAUGCAGUGUGUUCUUCACGUCUUGGAGUUAAAUAAUAAUCAUCGAUUGAAUAAUGUUGGCUUGAAGAUGAUUGAUCCAUUUAGUCAUGAGUUAAAUGUGAAUAUGUGUAGAGUGUUGGCUUGA